GCUCUGGCAGAAGAUUGGGGGUGGGGAGGGGAGCGAAUCCAGCCUUGGGCAGCAAAGCCCCGCUCCAGACAACUGUGUCGCUCGCCCUGUUGUUGUUACAGGAGUAGUUGAGGGAGAGGAGGGCGGAAAGGGGGGAAAGUCCCGCAGCCCUCUGCCAGUUCGCAAGGCCGGGAACCAAUGAAAUGCCAACUCCGGCGUGACCAUCGAGAUUGACGUGGAAGACACGUCAAAUUGAUCUGAGCAAACUGGAGGCUCCUGGACGGGCUGAUCCCCCCACCCCCCCGAUCGGAUGAAGAUCACUUUGGGCGUGAGUCCCCGGCCGCCUUUGAAAGUGCUCCGGCAGCGGCAGCGGAGAGACCGGGGCCCGGAGCAAGGGCAGCCCGCCGCGGCUGGGUUUGUCUCCGGAGGAGCCCGGCUGGUGCUCGCAGGCAGCCCCCCUCUAUGCAUCCGCGCCUGCCUCGGGGAAGACGGAGCCUGCGGCUCGGCUAGCGAGCAGCUGAUCGCGCACGGCGCGGCUCUCUGCGGGCGAUGGAGCAAACCUACGGCGAAGUGAACCAGCUGGGAGGCGUCUUUGUCAACGGGAGACCCCUGCCCAACGCCAUCCGCUUGAGGAUCGUGGAGCUGGCCCAGCUCGGGAUCCGGCCCUGCGACAUCAGCCGCCAGCUGCGAGUCUCUCACGGCUGCGUGAGUAAAAUCCUGGCCCGCUACAACGAGACGGGCUCGAUCUUACCCGGAGCCAUCGGCGGGAGCAAGCCGCGGGUCACCACCCCCAACGUGGUGAAGCACAUCCGAGACUACAAGCAAGGCGACCCGGGGAUCUUCGCGUGGGAGAUCCGAGACCGGCUGCUGGCGGACGGGGUGUGUGACAAGUACAACGUGCCCUCCGUCAGCUCCAUCAGCAGGAUUUUACGGAACAAAAUCGGGACCCUCUCCCAGCCCAACCCCUACGACAGCACCAAGCAGCCUCCCCCCCAGCCAACGCUGCCUUAUAACCACAUUUACCAGUACCCCUACCCCAACCCCAUGGCCUCCUCUGGGACCAAAAUGGGCCAUCAUCCGGGCGUGCCGGUCACAGCUGGACAUGUCAGUAUCCCCAGAUCCUGGCCCUCGGCGCAUUCGGUCAGCAACAUCCUCGGUAUCCGGACCUUCAUGGAGCAAACAGGGCCUCUGGCUGGGACAGAGGGGUCUGCCUACCCACCCAAAAUGGAAGACUGGCCCAGUGUGAACAGAACGGCCUUCCCUCCCGCCCAAGCAGCCAAUGGGAUUGAUAAAGCUGCAAUGGAAGCGGACAUUAAGUACCCCCAGCCUGCCCCUGGCCUUUCCAGCUUCCUCCCAGCCUGCGCCUACCCCUCUUCCAACCAGCACGGGGUUUACGCUGGCCCCGGGGCGGGCUACAUCACCCCCGGGCACCACUGGCAGGCGCAAAGCAGCCCCCUGGCGCACCACGGGCCCGGAGUGACGGUCCCCGGAGGAGAGCUGGGCACCGCCAUGGCGUUCAAGCAUCCCGCCCGAGAAGUUGUGGACAGAAAACCUUCCAGUCCUGUAGGCAAACCUCAAGAAACCCUAAAUAAUAUACAUGGACUUUCUAUCCCAGCCUCAUCUUCCUAGAGCUUGCAGUGAAUCAUCGGAGAGAGAGAGAGUUUUGGAUCAAACACCUCCAACUUCGAAAAUGAAACAGAAACUAGAAGCACAACUGUAUUCAAAGAAGUGCCUUUGGAGAGGAAGAGGCUGUAUUUGAAAGAAGCCCAGGCAAUAAAAAGAGACAAUGACUUUUUAAUGCACAGGUGAAUGAGAUCUGGACAUUCAUUGACCCUGUGCCUUGAGUGAGUGAUUUCCUCAGUCAAGUUGGAAGGUGAUGGUGGGAGAAAAUUCUUUCUUUCUUUCUUUCUUUCUUUCUUUCUUUCUUUCUUUCUUUCUUUCUUUCUUUCUUUCUUUCUUUCUUUCACACAAGAGACCUCUGGAUAUAUAGCAGUCACAGAUUUUUCAUGACCUACCACCUCUGUUCAUUGCUUACGAUGCCAUAGACUUUAUUCUGAUGUCUCUAGAGAAGAGGAUUCAUUCAGUGUCUCCAAGGCCUUAGCCCAAGGAUCUGUGCUCUGAACCGGUUUCUGCCCGUGGAUAAUGUCUCUCUUCCAGACUGUAAAUGGACAAAUAUGCAGCAACAUUUUAUGAUAUAUUUUUAUAAUAACAAACCUUAAUAAAAAGUGACUACAACCGAUGUGCGUGUUUGGAUUCCUUCCCUGGGGCCUGUGUCUUCUCUUUGCAUAGCAGCAGACCACAGCCUCUAGUCAUACAGUUCUCCUCCAAUCCACUGGAGCCUCAAGUGCUCUAUUUCUGCUUCUCCUGAAGAAGCUUCACCAAAAGUGACAUCUUCCCACGCCCUUUGUCCAAUGUGCUGCUACAUCUGGAAGCAGCUAGCUGUUAGACUCUUCCUGGAGCCAGUUCUAGACUGUCUCUCUAAAAUGAGUCUCUUUGCAUUCAU